AUGAAGAAAAUUGAGCAUCCAAUAUCCCGUCAACAGUUCUAUUCAAAGUGCAAGGAUAGCUUUGUUAAGAAGUCAAAUGAGUUGGCUGUUUUAUGUGAGACAGAUGUUGCCCUUCUGAUGUUUUCUCCAGACGGUCAAGUGACCAGCUAUUCUAACAAAGAAAGUUUUGAGGAUACCAUGCUCCAGAUUAUGAACCAGCCUGGCGAACUGAAUUGGCGCAUGCCUUCCAUUUUGCAGCAUUUGAUGCAGAGUCUCACACAGUCAAAAAAGGAAGGAGAAAUGGUUAAGAAGAUAGCUAUUACUGAGGCUCAUAAGGAGAAGCUUAAUAAGCUCAAUCAAACACUAAGUGAAGCACAACAGAAUAUAAGGUAUUACAAACCGCAAGUGGAGAAUAUCAGCUCAGUCCAAGAAGCUGAUGCAUCUGAGCAGUUUCUUAGGAGUGCUAUAAAACAGAUUCAACGAUCAAAAGCAAAACUCUUGGGUGGUGAACGAUUUCUCCAGAGUAAUGAAAAUGUCGCGGUGGCUUCAGUCAACACUGAGGAUACCGCUGCUGCAGGUAAUGGAUCUGCACAUUCAAAUUGA